AGCAGCAGCAGCAGGAGGAGGCGGAGGAGGAGGCGGCGGCGGCGAUUCUGGCUGAGGGGAGCGCGAGGCAGUGCGAGCGCCGCUGCCGCCCCCUGUGAUCCGGGAGCCCCAAGUCCGGGCGGAGGAGGCGGCGGAGGGCGGCAGAGCGGCGGCGGCGGCGGCAGCACAGCGGCAGCAGGAGGAGUCUGCGCGCGGCCCCCCCUCCCUCAGCCCCGCUACAGCCCCCUCCCUCCCUGCGCGCUCCGCACCGCCACCAUGUCGGCGCCGGCGGCCAAAGUCAGUAAGAAGGAGCUCAACUCCAACCACGAUGGGGCCGACGAGACCUCAGAAAAAGAGCAACAGGAAGCAAUUGAACACAUUGAUGAAGUACAGAAUGAAAUAGACAGACUGAAUGAACAAGCCAGUGAGGAAAUUUUGAAAGUAGAACAGAAAUACAACAAACUCCGCCAACCAUUCUUCCAGAAGAGGUCAGAAUUGAUCGCCAAAAUCCCAAAUUUCUGGGUAACAACAUUUGUCAACCACCCGCAAGUAUCUGCACUGCUGGGAGAAGAAGACGAAGAGGCACUGCAUUAUUUGACCAGAGUUGAGGUGACAGAAUUUGAAGACAUCAAAUCAGGUUACAGAAUAGAUUUUUAUUUUGAUGAGAAUCCAUACUUUGAAAAUAAAGUUCUCUCCAAAGAGUUUCACCUGAAUGAAAGCGGAGACCCAUCUUCAAAAUCAACUGAGAUCAAAUGGAAAUCUGGAAAGGAUCUGACAAAACGUUCAAGCCAGACACAGAACAAAGCCAGUAGGAAGAGGCAGCAUGAAGAGCCAGAAAGUUUCUUUACCUGGUUCACUGACCACUCUGAUGCAGGUGCUGACGAGCUAGGAGAGGUCAUCAAGGAUGACAUCUGGCCAAAUCCAUUACAGUACUACUUGGUUCCUGAUAUGGAUGAUGAAGAAGGGGAGGGAGAGGAAGACGAUGAUGAUGAUGAAGAGGAAGAAGGGUUGGAGGAUAUUGACGAAGAAGGAGAUGAAGAUGAGGGAGAAGAAGAUGAAGAUGAUGAUGAGGGAGAGGAAGGAGAGGAGGAUGAAGGAGAAGAUGACUAAUUGAACACUGAUGGAUUCCAAAUUCCCUUUUUACCUUUUUAAUUUUUCUCCAGUCCCUGGGAGCAAGUUGCUGUCUUUUUUUUCUUGUGCUCAGUCUCCUUGUUCUCUUGAGGUCUCUUUUUCUCUCCUCUACACCAUGGUUCACAAUUUAAUUUGGGGAAAAUACCUUGAGCAGAAGGCAGUGGAAAAGAAUCUACCGGUUUCUGUUUCAAGUUCAUUUUUAUCCCUUUCUGUCUCAAAACAAAAACUGUUUAUGGAAUCAACACACCAUAUUCUGUGGGAAAAAAGAAAACCUUCUGCUCCCUUCACUCUGCUGGAAGCUGAAGAGUGCUAGGCCCCUGUGUAGUAGUGCAUAGAAUCUAGCUUUUUUCCUUCUUUCUCUGUAUAUUGGGCUCAGAGAUUACACUGUGUCUCUAUGUGAAUAUGGACAGUUAGCAUUUACCAACAUGUAUCUGUCUACUUUCUCUUGUUUAAAAAAAAAAGAAAAAGCUAAAAAAAAAAAAAAUGGGGUUAUAGAAGGUCAGCCUGGGGUGGGUUUCAGAUGUGUGGGUGGGGUAAGUGGGCAUUUUGACAACAUGGCUUCUUCUCCUUUGGCAUGUUUAAUUGUGAUGUUUAACAAACAUCCUUGCAGUUUAAGAUGACACUUUUAAAAUAAAAUCUUCUCCUAAUGAUGACUUUGAGCCCUGCCACUUGAUGGAGAAUCAGCAGAACCUGUAGGAUCUUAUUUGGAAUUGACAUUCUCUAUUGUAAUUUUGUUCUUGUUUAUUUUUAAAUUCUUUUUUUUUUUUUUUUUUUUUUUUGUUUCACUGGAAAGGAAAGAAAGAUGCUCAGUUUUAAACGUUAAAGUGUACAAGUUGCUUUGUUACAAUAAAACUAAAUGUGUACACAAAGGGACUGGUUGGUCUUCACUGAAAGAAACAGUUGUAAUAUUCUGUUUUGGAUUUGCACAUAGCUUCUUGGCAUUUUUGGGGGCGUUUGGUCAGUAUUUAUGUAGUGCAAUGCAACCUUGUGGUUCUGUGGACUGGUAAUCGGUUCAUUUAGGUUCCAUUAUGGCAGUACUUGGGAAGUGCUUCGUCUGGAGGUACUGCUGUGUGCUCCACUUCUUGAAUGAUGUGACAGUCGUGAGACGAGGCUGUAGUGCAUAUGCCUGGUAUGAAGAUAAAGCUUUUAUUCAAGUUCUGCAAAAAGAAAAGCCACUUGUCUCAGCUGUUUUAGUACCAAUUUGGAGUACUGUACCUCAAGGAAAUCAGUUUGCGUGAGAAGAUCAUGCAAACUCCGAAUAAAAAGAUGGCAUGGGCUCUAGUAAGACUAUCUGUGGUUCUAGAAUUCUGUUCAGGUGAAAAUAAAUAUUCAGUGCAAGCAAACUUUUUGGGUUAUUUCAAUUAGCAAGAUUCUUGGAAGCUUUUGUAUAAAGAAGCUGCCACUUACUGCUUUCUCUCCUUGGUAGCAGUGUGUAAAUAUGCUUUAGAUAGACUUCUUUUUUCCUCCCCCCGCGUUAAGAGACUGUUUGAAUAGCUUGUAAUGAUUUCACAUAGAGAUUGUUGGUAUUUCACCAAGUGUAAUGAAAGUUGUUUUAACAUGCUGUGCUUUUGAAAUAUUUAAAAGAUUGUAUUAGCUAAUCUCAAAUUCAAACAGCUAGUUCUCUUUGGAUGUGUAGAGAAGACUGUCUUCUGGGAAGACUUGCUCUUAUUCUCCGAUUCCUUUUCCUCACAGAAUUUGCUGUAAUCAAAUUCUGCUUUUUUUUUUUUUUUUCUUUUUUAAUGCUUAAGAAUACACGUAGCAGAGCAAGAUUAAUCUCUACUUGAGACAUGCCCAAAUAACAUAGGAAAGGGGAGAGUGUUGUGUAAGCAUUGGAUCCAUCUCGGAUUCAGCCUGGUUACCUGAGAUGGUACAACAUCCAUCUGCGUGCAAUCAGUGUGAAAUAAGGCCAUUUACUUUAUUCCAUCUCAACUAGAGCUUCUGCUCAGGACUUUCUGCUUGCAAAGCGAAUGAAAAUAUUAACUGUAAUUUUUUUGUUGUGUUUUUGGUUUUGGUUUUUUUGCCAUCUAGAGAGAGAACAAAUGAAAGUUAAGAAGCCUAUAACUUCUUUGUUUGCUUCCUUUUUCUGCUAUAAGGUAGAAGUCCACUACCUGUUGUGGUAGCAGGUUGAUGUGCUAUUGUUACUUGCCCUGAUGCCUCACAAAUGUUAAUUUUUAUGUAAUCCUAAUCGAUUGUAGGUCUUUAUGGAUAAUAAUCCAGCUAGUCUUAAUGCUUUGUGGGGAAAAAAAAAAUCCCAACCUGUGCCAUUGUUGCUAAUAUGUCUGUUAUGAUCAGAAAACCUAUAAAAACUGUUUUGAAAGUAAUCAAAGCUUCGGGUUCUGUAAAGUCAAAAUGCCAUGAGCAGGAAAUGGAAAGCACGGAUAUUGAAAUGCUUCGUUGGAGGCUUCCUUGUCCAUUUACACAGGGAUGGUGUGGAUUUUACAGGAUAACAAAACAUUCUUGCUGCUGUACUGAUGAUACUGAAUUUCCUGUGAAACAGAAGGUUUACUACUGGCAACAGCUAACGAGUAAACUAAUGUGCUAAAAAACAUAUUUAAAUGUAAUCUUAAAUAGUUUUUCUACCAAUAGAAAUGAAUAGGAAUUAACACAUUUCUCAGCACCAACAGUGAGGAAAUAUUGGAGGUGGGCAUCAUGCGCUCUGGCUGUUCACGCAAUGUGUAAUUUGACUGAAUAUAAGUAUUGGGUGCCCAUUUUUACUUGACUUAAUCUGUGUUUGCAUUCAAAAAGGCAUUUAGAGGUAAUGUCCACCUUGGAUAAGAAUGGGAGAUUAAUUUCUAUUAAACAUCUAUCUCUAUCUCUUGUUAACUCUCCAAUGCUGCUUAAGCUCCUCACAUGCAGUUGAUCCUACUGAGUGAAACUUGUCACAGAUGGAAGCUGAAUUUAGGCUUUAUGGCUUGAAUUUCCAGGGUUAAAAUAUGGAAUUGGUGACAAUUUAAAGUUACUGUACUUAAAUGACUUAAACGACUUGAAGGUUAUUUUAAGUUUGAAAUUUAAUUGCUAUAAAAUUGAAUCCUUUGUCUGUAAUUUCUAGUGCCAAAAGAAAGCAAAUACAUCCGUGUGUGUAAAUAGGUUUUUUAACAUGUAUGCUUAUUCAGUUGUCAAUACAGGUUUUGUCCCUGUAAACAAGCAUUAUCUGAAUCGAUUUCUCAGUCAUUCAUGCCAUUUGUUUGAAUCUGUAAGCUUCUCUUUGUACCACUUCAAAAGGUGCAUAAUGGUAGCACUUUGUUUAUCUGAUACUGUUCCUGAAUUUUGAAGCCAUGUCUUUUUUUCUUUUUCUUUUUUUUUUUUUUCUCUCCCAAACAGAAAACCUGAAAUCACUUCUGAUGUACCUUCAAGCUAUCCUUCUAUUGGAAGGAAUUAAAGUACCUUUAACUGUAACUUGA